AUACACACACACACACACACACACAAUGGCCAACGUUGUGAAUAUGAAUAUGAACAGCCUGUUCAAUGGCAAGGAUUCACGCUGGUUGCAAUUGGAGGUCUGUCGCGAAUUUCAGCGUAACAAAUGUUCACGUCAGGAUACGGAAUGUAAAUUUGCCCAUCCCCCGGCUAAUGUGGAGGUCCAGAAUGGCAAGGUCACUGCUUGUUACGACAGCAUUAAGGCCGCACAACUAUUAGAGAUGGAUAACUUCAAGGGUCGCUGUAAUCGUGAUAAACCGCCGUGCAAAUAUUUUCAUCCACCACAGCAUUUGAAGGAUCAAUUAUUGAUAAAUGGACGCAAUCAUUUGGCCCUAAAGAACGCAUUGAUGCAACAGAUGGGCAUAGCACCCGGUCAGCCGGUUAUAUCGGGCCAAGUGCAAGCUGUGGCCGCAAAUCCAUAUUUGUCUGGAAUACCAGCCAACACAUAUAGUCCAUAUUAUCCAACUGGACACUUAGUGCCUACUUUACUGGGGCCGGAUCCAACGGCCGUUGCCUCACAACUGGGACCAGUUGUUCCACAGACUGUGCAGGUGGCCCAACAGAAAAUACCACGUUCCGACCGAUUAGAGGUCUGUCGCGAAUUCUUGCGCGGCGCCUGCAAACGCGCCGAAUCUGAAUGCCGUUUCGCGCAUCCUCAGGAGAGUGUCGCCCGGCACGAUGAUGGUUCCAUCACGGUUUGCAUGGACGCCGUGAAGGGCAGAUGCGCACGUGAACCCUGCCGCUACUUUCAUCCCCCCCUGCACCUACAGGCACAAUUAAAAGCGGCCCAAACACGCGCCACCGCUGUCGCUGCUGCAGCUGCGAGCUCACCUGUUACGGCACACCAUCAUCUACACCAGCAACACCACCUACACCACCAACUGCAGAGCCACCACCACCACCACCAGCAAUUGAACACCAUAUCAACGGCAGCAGCACCAACACCAUCAUCACCAACAACAGCAACAGCAACAACAACAGCCACAAACAACAACAACAACAACAACAAUCUGAACAAUCCGAACCAGAAUAGCGCUGCUGCCGCUGCUGCUGCUGCCGCCGCUGCUGCCGCCGCUGCUGUAAUGGGCCAUCAUCAUCACACACUGGAAGUGGGCAAGAAGCGGGCAGCGGACACAACUACUGAUAUGUUUCCACUGAUGGAUGCUAAAACGGUUGGUUCAUUUUACUAUGAAAACUUCCAAUUCUCUGGCAUGGUACCGUUCAAACGUCCAGCUGCCGAAAAAUCUGGCAUUCCAGUGUAUCAACCCGGUGCGACAACCUAUCAACAAUUAAUGCAGCCCUUUGUGCCAGUCUCAUCAACUAAUAAUAAUAAAAUACCUUUAAAUGCUUCCUGUGUCAUAUACACCGAUCCAAGUGGACAGUUACUGGACACCCUCCCGGUGUGCCAAGAUUUCAAUAGAUCUAUGUGCAGUCGGUUAAAUUGUAGAUUCGUUCAUUUAACUGAAGAUGACAAGGUGGAGGUAAUUGAUCAACGUGUUGCUGUCUGUCGCGAUCAUGCCAAUAGUCAGUGUCGCCGCAAGCAAUGUAAAUACUAUCAUAUACCGAUUGUCUUGCCACCGGCCAAUAUAAUGGCAGCCAUGAUAACCAAUCCGAAUGAGCAGCCAAUACCAGGUGGAGGAGGUGGUUCAGCAGCGGCAGCGGCGGCAGCAGCAGCAGCAAUCGCUGCUGCCAAUAACAACAACAAUUUGAUUAUUAUUGAGCCACCGCAACAACAACAGCAGCAGCAGCAGCAACAACAACAACAGUUCACUUACCAUGCCGCCGCCACCAAUAAUAACAACAGCAGCAACACUAACAACAAUUACAUUAAUAAACACCAACAGCAGCAGCAGCAGCAGCUUAAUAGCAGCAGCAACAUUUAUCAGCAGCAGGCAAUGCAACAGCAGCAACCACAACACAUCACUUAUCAUUGCAGCUCGCCGUAUUCGCCAUCUUCGGCCUCAUCCUCUUCAUCCUGUUCGAUAGCCACUUCACCCACAUUGUCAUCGGCAACAACUUUGUCGACGACAUCGACAGCAACAAUGCCCACACCACAGCAACAAUAUGUUGCCGGCGUUGGUGGUGCUGCUGGUGCGACAACAACAGCAACAUUUAUAAAGGCACCAACCUAUUAUGCCACCGAUGGCACUCCGACUUUGGUAUUGAGUAGCGAUUAUAACUCCAACUGUAUACCCAUACAGGCAACACCAUUCAUAUCCCUACAAGGUCCACCGCCACCGCCACCAACACAUCAUCACCACCAUCAUCAUGCUCAUCCACAUCAUCAUGCUCUACACCACCAGCAACAUUUGUUGAAAUACACAACCACCAACACCACUGCGAACAACAACAACAACAGCAACAACAAUACCAAUAUCUCCUACCUGGGACAACAUCCACACCAUCAUCAUCAUCAUCAUCACCAACAAGUUCAUUAUCAACAAUUGGGCCCAGUGGCAGUGGCAGCCACCACAGUGGCUCAAUUGCAGGCAACCACAAUGACUGUGACACCGGCAGCAGCAGCGAAUGCCACAACCGUAGCAGCAGUUGCAGCUCCUUCCACUUGCAUCUAAAAAAACAAAAACAAAGGUGAUGAUCGCGGAAGGAUCAAAGCAAAACAAGAAGAAUAUAUAAAAUAAACAAAUCAUAAUCCUACUUUAAAUUCGAAUUACUUUCUCCCUUAAUUAAUUUUUCAAAAAAAAAUACUCAGAAACACAUCAAAACUUACACACACACAACACACACACAUUCAAUAACUUACACUAAACUAAUCGAAACAAAAAGUAAAAGUAAAUUCUUCACCCAAGCAUUAUAAUACCUAUUAUAUA